AUGCUGGCCUUUGGACUCCAUUUGCCUCACCAAACUUGGUGCCUUUUGGUGAUUAGAACUUCAUCUGAAGAUACCCAAAGACUCCAUGUUACAAGUAAAAAAAAGCAAGGGUGGAGCAGCAACCGGGCUAACAAGAGUAGCAGCAGCAGCAGUGCCCGCAGCUCAGGCAAGGGGGCGGUGUCGGCGUCAGCGGAGCAGGUGGUUGCUGGCUUAAACCGCCUUCGGCAGGAACAGAGAGGCCUGGCAUCCAAAGCAGCUGAGCUGGAAAUGGAGUUGAAUGAGCACAGCCUAGUGAUAGAUACGGUGAGAGAAGUGGACCCAACCCGGAAGUGCUAUCCUAUGGUUGGCGGGAUUCUGGUGGAGCAAACUGUCAAAGAGGUGCUACCUGCCUUGGAGGGUAACAAGGAGCAGAUUCAAAAGAUCAUUGAGACACUGAUCCAGCAGCUGACUCAAGCAAAGGGAAGGGAGUUGAAUGACUUCACGGAGAAGAAACAUGAUAUUCGGCUAAUGGGUGAGGAUGAGAAGCCAGCAGCCAAGGACAAUGGGGAAGGGUCUGGGGUCAAGGCCAGUUCAGCUGGUGUGCUGGUCUCCUAA